GAAAGGUGCUGACUGAAAUGAAAAUUGUUCCAAUAAGAUACAACUUGGAAAUCCGAAUAAAAUUCUAUUUCUUCUUCUUGAUACCAAGAACGGCAGAGCACAGCAGCUGUAAACUAUAUCCUGCCUUGAGAGGGGUGAAGAAACCCCACGUUUUGUGUGAGAUCAAAAGUACAUGUUAUAAGAAGUCGGCGUUUCGCGCACUCGCACGAUUUGCCGUAUUCCUAAUAUGACAUAGGAUUCAUUUCAGUUGCACAUAUAGUUCACUUGGAACGAAUGCCACAAGAUUCGAGGAGGGGGUGCGGCCCCUGCCGCAACCCCCUUGCACUUGUUGUCAGUCAAAAAGUUGCCUCUAUUGGCAACCUUAGCCAACCUGCCGAGGAGAGACUGCAGGAGAUCUGUAUGGCCUUCUUUGGGAACAACUCGAACAGAUAGACCGGUGAUUAUUACAGUCAGUUGCAAAACAGCUCAAAACUGGUCCUCCUCGAUUCAAUCAUCCAAUGCUUUCACACCGUCUGAAAGAGUCGGAAGGGUAAGAGAGUUCGAAGAAAUCACUCAGACUGUGUGAACGAAGCUCACAGACAGAACAAUAAUCCUGUAGGUUCUCGAAAGAACCGAAGCAACUCAAACCCUGUCCUCACAGAGCCAACAAACCAGACUUGCGCUGCCUUCCACAGAACGAGUGUAAGACAAGAGAGAUAUCCGCUGAGGACGUCAAGACUGGCAGUGGUAGCUGCCAGUGUGCCCAACAAGCGCGCGGGAGAGGAUUGGAGACGCCGCCACGGCGGGGUAUGAGAAUGCAG